CCGCCCCCGCGGAAGAUGGCGGCGCCCAGCGCGCUCCUGGGGUGCGUCCAACACCUGCGGGGCGACUUUGUGGACGUGGGCGAGGAGGUGGUGAGAUACAUCCUGUCCAUAACCAAUGAGGAUGUCCGGGAGUACGUCAUCGACCUCCUCCAGGGCACCGAUGGGAAGAAGAGCUGGUUUGUGGAAGAGCUGCUUUCCAGGUGGAGGAAAUCCUCCCAGCUGCCCUCUGAGCCUUUCCCAGCAUAUCGGAAGAAGGACGAGGCUUCGGAAGUGCCACGGGCUGGAGACCAAGGGAAGAAGGGGAAACGCAAAGGCAGGAACAAGCAGGAGACGCCUGCGUACACUGAGCCCAGCACACACGUGGAGGAGGUGAAAACCCCCUGGACCUGGCCAAGGCCCAGGAGCAGCAGUGUUGUCGGCAGCAGUAGCAUUUCCUGUAAGAAGAAACCCAAAUACGUCAGCCUGUACACCAAGGAGGGGCAGGACAGGCUGGCUGUGCUCAUCCCAGGCCGUCAUGCCUGCGAGUGCCUGGGCCAGAAGCACAAGCUCAUCAACAACUGCCUGACGUGCGGGCGCAUCGUCUGCGCCCAGGAGGGCUCCGGGCCCUGCCUGUUCUGCGGGGCCCUGGUGUGCACUAAAGAAGAGCAGGACAUUCUUCAGCGGGACUCCAACAAGAGCCAGAAGCUGCUGAAGAAGCUCAUGGCAGGUGCUGAAAGUUCCGGGAAUUUGGAUGCCAUAAGCAAGGACUUGCUGCCUCGCCAGGAAGCGAGACUCAAAGCAGGCCUGGAGAUGGCUGUGAAGCACAAAGACAAGCUGUUGGAAUUUGACAGGACAAGCGUGCGGCGAACCCAGGUCAUUGACGACGAGUCAGAUUAUUUUGCCACAGACUCCAACCAGUGGCUGUCCAAGCAGGAGAGGGAAGCUCUCCAAAGAGAGCAGGAGCUGCGGGAGCUGCGCCACGCUUCUCGGCUUGCCAGAAAAAUCACCAUUGACUUCGCGGGCCGGCAGAUCCUGGAGGAGGACAACAGCAUGGCUGAGUACCACAGCAAGCUGGAUGAGACCAUUGAAGCCAUUAAUCGUGGUGCUCUGAGCGAGCCAGGAGGGAACUCAGAGGCAAAGGCAAUGCUGAAUUCUGGUGUUCUGGUGAAUCCCCGUCUCCUCCAACCUGCUCCUUUGUGGGUGGACCAAACUGGUUUGCUCCCGCAAAGGAAAAAUAUUCAUUCCAUGGAUGCUGAAAGUGAGUCUGACUUGGAGCGGAACAGGCUGCGGAUUCAGGAUCGAGAGCUGCUGGAGAUCUCAGAUGGUGGUUGGUGCCUCAGCAUGCACCAGCCUUGGGCUUCCUUGCUCGUGAGAGGAAUCAAAAGGGUGGAGGGCAGAACCUGGUACACAUCUCAUCGGGGGAGGUUGUGGAUUGCAGCUACUGCUAAAAGACCUUCCCCUCAGGAAAUCUCUGAACUGGAAGCCACUUACAGAAUGCUGCUCCAGAAAGAUGUGGAAUUUCCAAGCGAUUAUCCCUCAGGUUGCCUCCUGGGCUGUGUGGAUGUGACUGACUGUUUAUCACAAGAGCAAUUUCAGGAGCAGUAUCCAGACCUGAGCCAAGAAUCCGGGUCUCCAUUUGUCUUUAUCUGCACUGAUCCCCAGGAGAUGGUUGUGAAGUUUCCCAUCAAAGGAAAACACAAAAUCUGGAAACUGGAUGCAAAGAUCCAUCAGGGAGCGAAGAAGGGGUUAAUGAAGCAGAAGGCUGUGGGGUGAGCGCCAGGGGAGCAGCACCAGUUCCCACGAAGCACCGGCUGCCUCCAAAAAGUGCCAGCGUGGUCCUUGGCUCCGGAAAGCAGGUGCAAGACAGAUCCAUGAUCCCAGAUUACUUUUAGGUAUUGCUCUAUCUGUUGUAUUCCAAAAGCAUUAAAAGAGAUGUGUUUUCACCAAG